AUGUCGGCUGACCACCGACUAAGCCCAGGGCCCAGGAAAAAUGACUUGGGCCCACAGCUAACGGGAAAUACCCAAGCGCAAUACUCGCCAACGUCAAGUUUACAAAUGUACACAUUCUCGACCGUCUCUCUCACCCCUUUACUCUUCUCACUCCCAACUUAUCUUUUUCAUUCUCUGUUAGAAAUGAAGUCCUAUCGCAGGCCUCGAUUUUCCCCUUCCACCGCCACCACCGUUGUAUACACCUUCCACAACGAAACCUACCCUUCCAAUCCCGGCGGCGAAGUCACCGGAAUUCCCAUCCGAUCGACGCCUGACGAGCUGCCGGCGGCGGCGGAGACCAUCCCUAUCACUGUUCACAUCCCCCAACCGAGGGAAUCCUAUGCGGCCGUUAAGAUACAGUCAGCCUACAGAUCUCACGUGGUUCGCAUGCUCGUUCGGAAGAUCUCCGCUGUCAAUUCUGAAGCCAAUUACUGGCAGAGGCUUAUCCAACGCCAGGCACGAUUCUAUGUUCUUGAGCGUGAGCGGAUUAAGAUCAACGAGGCACUAAUGGGCUUGUUAUUCAGGCUCGAUUCAGUUCCCGGGCUUGACCCCAAUGUGAGGGAACUGAGGAGGCAUGUUAGCCGCAAGAUUGUGGGCUUGCAGGAAAUACUUGAUGCAGUUUCAGAUACCAGAGUCGAGCAUUGGGAUGGAUUCUUGAGGGAUUGGGAUGACAUUGUUGCCGGGCUUGAAAAGGAAGCUUGCAAAGAAAAAGGAGGCGGGAAGGAAAUAGAGAGGUUUUGUGCCGAGCAUUUGGGUUUCCAGUGUCUGCAGAGAAUAUUGCAAGAAUCUUUCAAGUUAUGUGCUGUACUGAAAAGUUUGAUGGAGUAA